AUGGCGGGAUUGGGGGAUCAGCUGAGCGUGGUGAUGAAGUUCGGGGGGUCCUCGGUGGCGUCGGCCGCGAGGAUGGAGGAGGUGGCCGGCCUCAUCCUGACGUUCCCCGAGGAGCGCCCCGUCGUCGUCCUCUCUGCCAUCAGGCCCGGUCCUGUCAGUUCAGACACAUGGAGCGAAGCUAGGAAGGGGAGCAAUUAUUGGAUACCUCCGUACGAAACUUUGGAUGUCUUGUCUACGACUGCCCUAGUGCCUGAACGGAGAGUGGGCUGGACGCCGCCGGCCAGCAGGGGGGCGCACGACCGAUCGAUGAUGGCACAAGCACAACGCGCAGUCGCUGGUCGCAGCGGAGCGGCCGCGUGGCAGAAGGGCAAACCUCGAUGCGCCGACGCGGAAGCCAAAACGAUGGACGCGUUUCACUUUCACUAUGACGCAUUUGAUAUUGGUUUCAUGACAACUGAUGAAUUUGGUAAUGCGGAUAUCUUAGAAGCAACCUAUCCUGCUGUUGCAAAGAGACUUCAUGGGGACUGGAUACUGGAUCCAGCGAUACCUGUUGUUACUGGAUUCCUUGGGAAGGGCUGGAAAUCAGGUGCUGUAACUACUUUAGGCCGAGGUGGUAGCGACUUGACUGCUACAACCAUUGGUAAAGCCUUGGGACUGAGAGAAAUUCAGGUAUGGAAAGAUGUUGAUGGUGUACUGACUUGUGAUCCAAAUAUCUACCCACAUGCAAAGACUGUUCCAUACUUAACAUUUGAAGAGGCUACAGAACUUGCUUAUUUUGGUGCCCAGGUUAACAUGUCGCUGAUAGUCCAUGACAGCGAGGCAAAGGCACUCGUAGAAGCUCUCCAUCAGGCGUUCUUUCAAGAUGAUGUCCUGGCGCAGGUCGAAGCGGAGAACCUAGUCGUGGGCUGA